CUCUCCCUUACCUAUACCCACAAGCAUGACAUAAUUCAGCCAUGGAUCCCUUGGCCCAAAGGAAUAUCAUCAUCGUCGGGGGCGGUAUCAUUGGCACCACCACGGCCUACUUCCUCUCCCGCCAUCCCAAGUUUAAUCCGGCCCUACAUCGCAUCACCAUCCUCGAGGCCACAUCCAUCGCUGCCGGUGCUUCGGGGAAAGCAGGUGGUCUCCUCGCCCUCUGGGCCUACCCAUCCUGCCUCGUGCCGCUUUCCUACCGUCUGCAUGCUGAGUUGGCCCAAGAACACGGCGGUGCCACUCGCUGGGGUUACCGUAAGGUGAACUGCGGAAGCAUCGACGUUACCGUCACGCGCGAGUCGCUACAAGCUCAGCAGCAACUGGCUCAUGCCACCUCUUCUACCUCCAUGGCCUCCUCUUCGACCACCACCGGCGCAACACCCAAUGUCGCUCCAGGGACCUCGGAGGAAGAGAAAGACUGGGAGAAGUUACCUAAACAAGACGCAGCAGCCGAGCAUCUCCUGACCGACUCUGUCCUCCCCCAUGACCUGGACUGGGUAAACCGCGCCGUGGUGGACGCCUACCAAGACAUGGGCGCGCCCGGCACCACCGAGACGGCCCAAGUCCACCCCUUCCACUUCACCACCUCCAUGGCCGCGCUAGCCCAGGAGCGCGGUGUCCAGAUCCUGACCCGCGCCAAGGUGACCAAGAUCAACUCGUCCCCGUCGGGGGUCCGGAGCGUAGAGUACCUCAACCGCGACGACGACGACGACAACGACGACGACGACAACAACGACGACGACGACAACAACGACGACGGCAGUCACGGCGCCCACAUCACCAUCCCCGACGUGACCGACGUAAUAGUCACCGCAGGGCCCUGGACCGGCCGCGUCCUCCCCAAAUCCAAAGUCGAGGGCCUCCGCGCCCACAGCGUGGUCUACGAAGCCGACGUCUCCCCCCACGCCGUCUUCACCCGCGUGCUCCUCCCCGACGGCUACGUCCCUCCCCACCGCGCCUCCCGCGGCCGCCAGCAGCGGCGCAAGCACAAGCACAGCAGCCGCUUCGUCGACCCGGAGAUCUACGCCCGCCCCUUCCGCGAGGUCUACGCCUGCGGCGAACCCGACCGCGCCGCCCCGCUCCCGGACACGGCGGAUCGGGUCCGCGUCGACGAUGGCGCCUGCGACGACCUCCUUGCCUAUAUUGCCACGUUUUCCCCCGCGCUCGCUGCUGCCCCGGUCAAGGCCCGUCAGGCUUGUUACCUCCCGCAACGCGAGGGGGGCCCGCUUAUCGGCGCUACGUCUGUCCCUGGCCUUUGGGUCGCUGCUGGGCAUACUUGCUGGGGUAUCCAGAACGGGCCUGCGACGGGCAAGCUCAUGUCUGAGUUUGUUUUUGAUGGCAGGGCUGUCAGUUCGGAUAUUUCCGAGUUGGAUCCGAGGCGGUAUAGCAGGGUCUGAUGGUCUGAUGGUCUGAUGGGGUGGCAUAGGGUGAGGAGGGUGGGAGGGCUCGUUUGGUUUCAAAAGCGAUUGAAUUGUAGACUUUCUUCCAUGUAUCAUUAGAGGGUGCAAAGCAAAGCUGGAAUGCCGGUGUUUGUCUAGACCGGCUUUGUGCGUACGUACGCAUUACCGUUAUGACGAAGAAUGGGUGAGUUUGGGGACCAUGGAGCUUUGAAAUGAUGACCAUCUGUUUCUCGAGUUUUGGCCAUAUCUGUCUCUAUACUCGACUGAUGGGAAUGUUUGGCAUCACACUUACGACAUGAACAUGAGAAAUUAACCAGGUGAACUGGAUUCUCAAAAGAACGCAAAAGGAGAAGAGGUCAAGAUGUCAAGAUGCACGAGUAUGCUCACUGGUAUGGUGUGGGACAU